AACUGCCACGUGAUUUCUUAAUUAUAUAUAUGUUUUUUUUUUUUUAUUUCCUUUUUCCCGGCUUUUGAACUUCUCACUCAACUUCUCUCUCUAAACUGCUUUCGAACUUCUCUCUGAAUUUCUCUCUCCAUUUCAAAUUUAAUUUCAGUGAUUAUUUUCAUCCAUUUGCAUCAAAUUACUCUUCCGAUCUUCUUUUUUCUAAAAAAUGGUGAAGAAAGCGGCACCGAAGAAUCCGGCAGCGAAGAAACCGGCAGCGAAGAAACUUGAAUUCGACAAUUCCGUCGCUGAAAUGGCUGUUGAAGCUCCUCGAAGGCGAGGAAGAAGGCCAAAUGUUGUUUCUGAAGAAAUUCCUGUUGCUAAGGAAUCUGUGUCUAUAAAGAAGAACAAAAAGGCUGGCAAUCCGAAAUCAAAAGCAAUUGAGCUUGUACCUGAAAAAGAACCAACUGAAGAAGAACAACCUAAUCAACUAGUUUUACAAAAUUCUUCUCUGGUUGACGUUCCACAGCCUGAAUCUCAUCAACUUCAUUCACAAGUUUUGAAAGAAGUUGGCGCUGAUGGCCUGCCUAUCGUGUUUAAUUUUGAUACACAAUGUUCAGGAGGAUCAUUGUGUAAAUUAAUUAAAGACUUCUCUCCUAAUCAAAAGGCAGCUGUUCAAGAGAUAGGGUUUGGAGGAUUGUUAGGCCUUCAAUUAAGUCGAAAAAACACUCAGAUGAUGUACUGGUGCAUCAAGUGCUUUGAUGGUGUGAGUUCUCUGUUUACAAUCAGUGAUUCCAAGCAAUUUGAAAUCACUGAUUAUGAUGUGUACGAUUUGUUUAUGCUCCCCCUUUCUGAGCUGGAGGUUGAAGGGGUUAAACGUGGGCGCAAUUCCACUAAUCCUGAUUUUGAUUUGAAGAUCAAGUGGAGAAAAGAGUUCGGUUUUGAAGAGGUCAAUGCUCAAAUUCCUAUAAGGUUGCUUGAGGACAAGAUUAAAUUGUUGACAGAUGGUGGUGAUCUGUUUAAACAAUUUUUUUGUUUUUGUUGCUUUCUCUACAUUUUUUACUCCAACAGCCAAUAG